AGCUACAUUGUUCUUUUCAUUUUCCCCCAAUUUAUCCACAAUGUCGGAAAUAUGCUCAGGCCAUAACUCCAGCCGUUGUAUUUUUGAGCUGUCCAUUAAAGAUUUACAUCUCACGCUUAAUCAUGCUGUGGAUGUCGAUUUGGUAUGGAUUGCCGGUAACCAACGAAGUCAGACAGGAACAACUAUAAGUCUUACGCCUCACCGACGUUCACACAAAGUUAAUCAAAAACUGUUGAUUCACUACACCUUUUAUGAUGAUUCGGUAAACACAACUAAAUCAAUCAUUCAGGUAGUGGAAUCAAAACGAUACGUUAAACCCGUCACACUUGCUGAAUGCGAGCUAGAUUUAACAUCCAUCAUCAAUGAUAGAAUUGCAAGAGAUAUGUGUGUUCCACUAAAGACAAAACUUGAUCCUGAUGCGAGCUUGACGUUCUCUGUUAUGGUGACGAACUUUAUAUUUACAGGAAAUUCUACUAUACAUAGUACAUCCAUGUCGAUAUCUGGUGAUACCAUAUUGGGUGAUGAAGAAAGCAGUGAGGGUUCUGUUGUUAGCAGGGGAACUAGGACACACGUUCUCCACGGCAUGGGCAACUCUGAUAUAUACCGUACCAUCAAUAAAAUGGCCACAAAACUCUCUCACAUAGAAAACGAGAUAAAAUGCAAGACAUUGAAGUUAAACAAAAUCAAUAGACAAAAUUUGGAUGAGGUUAAUGGAAUUCGAUCACGUUUGGAAUACCACAUUUCACAAAAGGACAAACAGAUUCGCAUUCUUACUGCUCAGUUAGAUGAAAUGCACACCGCUCUUGCAUUAUCUCAUGAACGUGAACUGAGAAGUGUCAACAAAGGACCUGGUUAUGGCGAUUUUAGUGUGCAUUAUGAUGUAGAUUCCAGGAAAGGCACCAACUCAGAGAUGGAUGCUUCUAUGCGCCUGUACAGGAACCAAACCUGUAUUAGUAAAAACAGCAUACCGUUGAGAUCUAAUUUGGCAUUUGACCGUCGUUCACAUACAAUGGAUAAGGGUCUUGGCGGUUUAAAAACAACAAAUGUAUCAACCAGAAACACUAUGGAAGCCCGUGCACAUGGUGAUAAGAUAGUUUCAGGAAUGCAUAACGAAUAUUACACAGGAUUUUCUCCUGAGUUGGAACCCUCUCCUGUACCAUAUGAUAUUGCAAAUUCCAACAGAAUAAUGAACAAGACUCAUAGUAAUAAAGAACCGAAAGGCAUACCAUCCAAUUUAGCACAUCCGAGUAAGCAUAUUGUCCCAUUAGCGUGGGUAAAGGGGUCGAUAUCUAACGGGGGUAAAGCUUCUUUAGAGAGCGGUGCUAAUAUGGUUAGAAAUAACCGCAGUCUUCAACCAGACUCAAAGCUUACUCACACUUUGCGUACUCCUGGUACCACCGUUCUUCCUUUAGGAACAGCGCCUACACUAGUUCACCGACAUUGUUUGCCCGUAACCAAGAACGAAGAUAUGGAUAAGACAGCAUCACAGUUGAAUAACCUAGGUCAAUCAGUAAAACCUCCGGCCAUUAAAACACUUGGUUUGUUUGCAUUGUUAUAUAUCAUAAAUAUUUUAGAAACCCAGAAUGCAUCUAAAGCUGUUUCAAGCAUGGUAACAGCAAAUGAAGAUGAUACAAAUGCCAAAAUUGCAAUUCUUGAACGUGACUUAAUAACGACUAAGGUGGCACUUGCAGACAGCGAAACACAGCGUGACAUAGAAAUCGCAAAAAUACUCAAAUCAAAGGCCAGUACAUAAUUUAUAUACAUAAAAUUUUACUACAAACAUUUAAU